AUGGCUGCCACUCUCUCCUUCAUCAAAAGACAAUCCAUCAGUGCUUCCCCUUCAGCACAAUCCUCCAUAGUGGCGUCGUCUUCGCCUGGAUCUUCUACUGCUGCGGCAUCCGCUGCCUCGACGCCUACGGCCGCAUCUACGUCCGGCACCGCUGCCUCAUCUGCAACAGCAAUGUCCACCCCGAGUAGAAGCGAUUCGCCUCUUCCAGAUCCAUCAUCAUCAUCCAGUGCGGCGUCCUCCCCGCCCUCGUCGACGCCUGCCUCCACACCGUCCUCAACGCCUUCCUCAACGCCUUCCUCAACGCCUUCCUCAACGCCUUCCCCGACCCCCUCCUCGACCCCCUCGUCAACACCAUCCUCUACGCCUUCCUCGACACCCUCGUCAACACCAUCCUCGACACCCUCGUCGACGCCUUCGUCAACACCCUUGUCCACACCUUCGUCGACUCCCUCCUCCACGCCCUCACCUACUCCUUCUUCUACACCCCCUAGCUCGGCCUCGCCAUCCGCGACAUCGAGUUCAAUCAAUCUUCAGUCCUUGUCCGCUUCGGCACCGUCUUUGACUCCGUCAUCCACGUUGUCCUCAUCCUCACCACCUGCAAGUAAUGUCCAAUCAGCGUCUCAAGCGUCCAGUACGGGACCCUCGAGUUCAUCCAUCAGUGCCCAAUCGACGUUCCACUCGACUGUAUUUGUUACGACCACAAACAGUGACGGGCAGACUGUGACGUCUGCGCCUUCGUUCAUUACAGAGACGUUUACGACAACGGGAAGUAAUGGUAACACGAGCUAUGUUACUAUCGUUGUGGGAAACCCUCCACCGCAAAGUGAUAACGGAGGUACCGAUUCCACUUCCGAGUUUUUCCGCAAUAAGGGCGCAGUGGCGGGCGUUUUCUUGAUCGUCGGUCUGGCGGCGGCGUCGAUCGUACUGUUCUUGGUCUUCUUCAUCCAUCGGCGCCGCCGCACACGGCGAAUGGAACACGAUCACGCAGUUGCAUCCACACUCGCAGCCGUUGGAUACAACCGCACACCCUUGGACGGUGACGACGACGACGCGCAGCCCAUGGCACAGCGACGCUCAGCCGCUCUGUCUGCGAUUGGGACAAUCAGCUCUUCAGGUGGUCGGGCGCCCUCAGGAUACAUGGACGAGCCCGCGGGAGGUGGCUCUGCGCCCGAGACACCGAUGGAGAGGGACUUCGACCCCUAUGCCGCCUACGGCACGAUCCACCCCCCUCCAGCAGCAGCCGGGGCUCCCAGGAAGGACGGCUACAUGCCUGCGCGCACGAGUAGCCCACCGCCGUUGGGCCACCAGAGUACAAGGAGCGAGAGCAUGAGUUCUAUGGGCUUCGGACAUGCAGCGAAGGACAGCUCAUCCAGCCACGAGCUGCUGCUCGGUUAUUCGCAUGGCGCUUCUGCGAGUAUCGGAGACCCUGCUGUACCGCUUCCUACUUUGGACCCGAGCAGUGGGGAUACUGUGGUUCCCCCUCCACGGAAUCCGCAGAGGGUGUCGAAUGGUGGACGAGAUAAUCCGACGGUGGAGACGCGUGCAGGACUGACUCCAGGAGUUUCUGCAGCAUCGUCGGUGUACUCUAACACGGACGAUGUCUUUGACGACGCCCACGCGGUCCGCCCUGCCUUGGAGGUGCGGAAUCUCGCCGACGGCGAAAACCCAGGCGGUGAGGUUUCGCGAGGGCCAUCUCGACGGUGA